AUGAGUGAACAAGCAGCAAAAAGCAGUUCCACUCAACAGAGACCCAUGGAUACAAGUUCUCCUGAGAAAACCUGCCAAACUGAGCUGAAGCAACUGCAACAGAUAGAGCGGCAGCUCAGAUGCCUGGCGUUCCAGAACCCCGGGCCCCAGGUAGCCGACUUCAACCCCGAGACACGGCAGCAGAAGAAGAGGGCCAGGAUGUCGAAGAUGAAUGAGUAUUUUUCUACAAAGUACAAAGCGGUGAGGAAGUACAGCAGGAGUGGCAAGCUCGUCUGCAAUGACGCCGACCUGUGCGACUGCCUGGAGAAAAACUGCCUGGGCUGCUUCUACCCGUGCCCCAAGUGCAACUCCAACAAGUGCGGCCCCGAGUGCCGCUGCAACCGCCGCUGGGUGUACGACGCCAUCGUCACGGAGACCGGUGAGGUUAUCAGUGCCCUGCCCUUCGCUAUUCCCGACUAG